AUGUCCAACAGCAACACGACGCAGGAGGCUCUGGAAAUAAUGAAGGAGUCUGAAAAAAAGGUGGUUGAGGAAUCUGUGAACAAAACCAAAUACGUAUCCAGGUCACCAAGCAAGGAGGAGGUGGAGAAGGAUGGCGGGGAGGAGGUCAGCGUGCGCCAGGAGUCUCAGAGGCGAACGUCAGGUCAUGGACAUGCCAGAAAAAGAGCCAAGUCCAAUUCCAAGCUUAAGCUGGUCAGGAGUUUGGCUGUGUGCGAAGAGUCGUCCGGCCCCUUCGUGGAUGGGCUGCUGGAGUCCCAGGACAUCAUCCAGCUGCACGUUAGCUGCCCCUCUGACAAGGAAGAGGAAAAGUCCACGAAGGAUGGUGCUGAGAAAGAAGAAAAAGAGAAGAAUAAAGAAAAGGCACCGAGGAAAAUGCUGUCUCGAGAUUCCAGCCAGGAAUAUACGGACUCCACUGGAAUAGAUUUGCAUGAAUUUUUAGUAAAUACACUGAAAAAAAACCCACGGGAUCGAAUGAUGCUCCUAAAGUUAGAACAGGAGAUUCUGGAAUUUAUUAGCGAUAACAACAACCAGUUUAAGAAGUUUCCCCAGAUGACCUCAUACCACAGGAUGCUGCUGCACCGGGUAGCCGCCUACUUCGGCAUGGACCAUAACGUUGACCAAACCGGGAAGGCGGUCAUCAUCAACAAGACCAGUAACACACGAAUCCCUGAGCAGAGGUUCUCUGAGCACAUCAAAGAUGAGAAGAACGCAGAGUUCCCCCAGAGGUUUAUCCUGAAACGGGAUGAUACCAGCAUGGACCGAGAUGAUAAUCAGAUCAGACUCCCCUUGCAGGAUGGGAGGAGGAGCAAAUCUAUAGAAGAGCGAGAGGAGGAGUAUCAGCGGGUCAGGGAGCGGAUAUUUGCACGAGAGACUGGCCAGAAUGGAUAUCUCACCGACAGCAGAAUCUCCAAAGAAGGCUUUUCUUCUAGUUCUCACAAACGGAGGCAGAUUUUUAGGGGCAACCGGGACAGUCUGAACCGGGCCUCGGGCAGCCGCCAGAGCAGCACCGAGAGCGAGAUCAAGUCCCUGGAGCCUCGGCCGUGGAGCAGCACGGACUCGGACGGCUCCAUCCGCAGCCUGCGACCGCCCGUCACCAAAGCCAGCAGCUUCAGCGGCAUCUCCAUCCUGACACGGGGGGACAGCAUUGGGAGCAGCAAAGGCAGCGCUGCCAGCAGGACGUCCCGGGCAG